AGAAAAGAGCGAAUAAAAACUACAAGUUGACGCCGAGAAGAAGAGAAAUGUUCUGGGACAUGCGCAGUGGAACUCUAGACCCCUUUAAAUGUGCAGUACGUGCAAAGAUGGCAGCUCAGGUCGACUUGUUUCGUCUGAAAAUAGAAGGAGAAAAGGUGAUGGACAAUUUGGAUAGGUUCAACAAAGAGAAGAAAAAGAAGAAGAAACGAGAGCUGUCGCCUUCAGCUGACAGACGCCAGAAUGAAGCGAAGAAGACGAAGCUCCAUCAGCAGCUCCAGCAAAAUCCUCAAGCGCGGGACUUCGGUGCUGAUAAACAUGAGCUCCACCACCGACAGCACAACAACCAUCAUCAUCACCACAACCAACACCACCACCAUCGUCAUCACCACAACCACACCGCCAAGAACAACCUGCAGCCGCCUCCUCCGCGAGCAGCGGUGUCCUCCUGCUCCUCCUCCUCCGAGCCACCUGCUCUCUUCACUUUCAAGCCUCUCAAAGUGGCCCAGGCCCGGCCUCAGGAGAACCGGGAGAAGCCCCGAGACAAAGACCUCCUGCUGAAGGUCAAAAAAGAAAAUACGGAGGCGAACGUGACACGAGCAGAACCAAAGAACAAGUUGAAGGAGUCAAGACCUUGCAAUGAGAAUGCCAAGUCUCAAACACUGGAUGAUUACCUCCUAAAGAAGAAGAAAAAGAAGAAGAAGAAGCAUUAUGAUGAUGAGCACAAUGCCAGGAAAGUCCACCGCAAACACAACAAAGAAGUCCAGACUGUGUGUUCGGGGCUUGGUGCAAAUCUCACUCUGUCCACUCACCCAGACACUUCACUGUAUGGCAGCAGGAAGUGUCAGAGCAGUUGCCAUACUGGUCUGGACACCAUCAACAACCACCAAUCCUACCUCCAUGCCCUCAAACUGGGACAGAUCUCUUUCCUUUCCCACCAAGACCACUACAUCCGCAGCUCCUGCCUUCAGACAGACAGCUGGUACGGGCGCUUCAUGCACGAGGAAAGGCAAGCCAAUGGUGGGGCAGCAGUCCUGCAUGCCUAUGCGGAUGAGUUGGCUUGUCUCAGUCCAGCUGAAAUGGAAUGCUUUGCUCAGAAGUUCCUGGAGUUGACAUUUGCAGAGAGACAAGCAGGUGCAUCCUCUUAUCCUCUGGCAGUGGUGCACAGUGCUGCCACCUACCUGCCGGACUUCCUCGACUACUUUGCUUUCAACUUCCCCAACACGCCAGUUAAAAUGGAGAUACUGGGCAAGAAAGAGAUCGAAACCACCACAAUCGCAAACUUCCACUCUCAGGUGAACCGAACAUACUGUUCAGGAACAUAUCGAGCUGGACCCAUGCGGCAGAUCAGCUUGGUGGGAGCUGUGGAUGAGGAAGUUGGAGAUUAUUUUCCAGAAUUCCUGGACAUGUUGGAGGAGUCACCUUUUCUUAAGAUGACUCUUCCGUGGGGAAGCCUCUCCAGCCUGAAGCUUGACUGUCGCUCCCAGAGUGACGAUGGUCCCAUCAUGUGGGUGCGACCAGGUGAACAAAUGGUACCGACGGCUGACGUGCCAAAGUCGCCCUUCAAACAGCGCAGGUCUAUGAAUGAAAUAAAAAAUCUGCACUACCUGCCAAGGGCCAGUGAACCCAGAGAGGUUCUGUUUGAGGACCGGACUAAAGCCCACGCUGACCAUGUUGGCCAGAGUUUCGACUGGCAGAGCACUGCGGCUGUGGGCGUUCUGAAGGCGGUGCAUUUUGGAGAAUGGAAUAAUCGGCCGAGGAUCACUAAAGAUGUGGUGUGUUUUCAUGCGGGUGACUUCAGCAGUGUUGUCCAGAGGCUGCAACUUGACCUGUACGAGCCCCCGGUGUCUCAGUGUGUGCAGUGGGUGGACGACGCUAAGCUCAACCAGCUGAGGCGGGAAGGCAUCCGCUACAUCCGUGUCCCACUGUGCGACAACGACAUUUACUUCAUCCCCAGGAACGUCAUCCACCAGUUCAAGACUGUGUCUGCGGUCUGCAGCCUGGCCUGGCACAUCCGCCUCAAAGGCUACUACCAAGAGGAGCGGGACCAGAAGGAGCAGCUCGGCGGUUCCACCUCUCCCAAAGCCAGCUUCUCAUCACCUGACAGACCUGACGCCACAGUCGCCGUCUGCGCACGACCACAGGGAGGCAACCACAAAGGAGGCAUUGCCAAGACAGAGGAACCAGCAUUGGACAACCCAGCGGCGGAGCCUCAGCCAGCACCUCCUCAGCCUACAAAAGCAGUGUAUCAGGACGUCCCUCGGUCAUCGGUGCCAGUCCUCUCUGGCUGCCCACGGACAAGCCCGCACCUCUCACAACUCUAGGUGGUUCUACUCUUUCUGUGCAAGGUGACAGCUCUGUGACUUUUUAACAACAACAACAAACAAACAAAAAGUCUCCAUCAAUCAGGAAACCUCAACAUGCUUCUCAAUGUUUUUUAAAAUGUUUGUUUAAAUUUGGAUAGUCUGCGUCAGGUGUAAGGGGACUUUGUGAUAUAUUUUAUUAUUUUAGUAUAGAACAUCAGAACUGGAAUGUUUCUGUCAAAGAUCUGCGUUAUGUAAAACAGCUUUUCUUUUUACGUAAUCAACAGGAGUUAUGCUUUGGAGACACAUUUUUAAAGAAGAAUGAACUGUUUGGAAAAUAAUUUUACUGAAUACAGAUCUGAGUUUGGAGGUUUUGUGAUUGCAGGAGAUUGUUUCCCCUCUAAUAGUAUAGGCCUGGCAGGCCACUAGGCCAAUGAUAACCCCACCAAACCAGUUUUUUUUUUUUUUUUUUUUUUUUAUUUAAUUUAUAGUUACGCUGAUGAAAUGAUGAAAAACAAGGUUCAGGGGACUUUAUUUGUACCCGUAGGUAGAUUUGUCUUGUCGCAAAACAGAACAGAGGGUUUUAGUCAGACAAAACCUUGACAAUAAAAACACUGACAAAGAACACAUGCAAAAAAAAAAAACAUGACACAAAGGAGUACUUAGAAGCUUACUAAGAGACUAAACCAGGAAUCAAGAGAAACCACUGUGUGACCGCCAGCAUAAAAUUGCUGCGCAACAGGCAAAUAAAUAAUUCUAUAAACAAAUAUGUGCAAACGCUGCUCAGAUUUGUUCAAGUGGACAAUUGCAGCUGGACUAAAGCUGCUCCUGUAGCGUUUUGUCCUACACCUUGGAACUAUUGGAACCAUACCACCAAAGAAAAAGAUAAAGAGAUUCAGUAAAAUAGUGUUAACAUGGUUUGGCCAGUGUGGAAGUAGGACCGCUUCCUGAGACAGAACAAGUGCUUGUGUCCUUUCCUGCACACCCGCUCACAGUUUGCCUCAAAGUUUAGUGAUUAUCAAUGAUAGUCCAAAGGUAUUUAUAGGUUUGCACAACUUUGCCUGGUUGAACAUUAAUUAUUGUGUUGUUAAGGUGUGCUGGCAUGUUUCCAUCUUUGGUUUGUAAUACAUUGAGCUGAAGAUACGAGUCCUCACACCAUCUAACAAACUGGUCGACUACAGGGGCCAUGGCUGCUUUCAUUGUCCUGCAGCAGACUGACAAUCACUGUGUCAUCUGCGUAUUUUAAAAUGAACCUGUUUUUAAAAGUGCUCUGACACAUACUGAUGAGAGCACACACCCUUGUGGCGAACCAGUAGAAGAACACACUUUGAUAAAAGCCUGUUCACUCUGAUUUUCUGUGUUCUGUUUGUUAAAAAGUCUAAAAUCCAACCCACAAAAAAAUGUUCUAAAAGCCUUUGGGUUAAAGUACAAGGUUAAAUUGUGUUAAAAGCUGAGAAGUUGAUAAAUAAAAGCUGGGCGUGAGGCCCACUUCCCUCUAGAUGUCUUAAAAGUAGAUUAAGCAGAGUGAGUCACUCCUCUGUUAGGUCUGAAAGCAAACUGCAACAGGUCAAGUGCACGCAUAGUGUUUUUAGCAUUUCGGACCGUACCAAUUUCUCAAAGAUUUUCAUCAGGAUUGAUGUGCGGGGAACAGGCCUAAAAUCAUUCAAGGUUGUGGGAUUGCUGGAUUUAGGAACUGCAUCUUUAGGAUUUAGAUUUAGGAACUGCAUCUUUCCACACUUUGGGAACAUGUUUCAUUUCCAAGGACUGGUUAAAAAUAUAGUGAAAAACUGGGCUCAGUUCUUUUGCACAAGAUUUGAGUAAGUGGGUGCAAAUACUGUCUGGACCCUGACUCUUGUUUACUUUUGGGCUAAGCAAGGCUUUUUCAGUAUCAUGUUGGUUAAAGGAAAAAUGCCAGGGGUCACGGAGCUUGAGGCUCCAAGUUCAAAAAUCGGAUGUGUUAAAAUGUAUAAAAGCAAUUCAGAGCACUUUCAAUUCUUCAACUCAGAAAUAGUUUCUGAGUUGAAACUAUUUAAGGUGACGUUUGUGCUAUUGUGUUUUUCCUGUCACUUCAGCCUUACGAUCGAGACGAACGGGAGCUCCAAAACCAUUCAUGAGCAGAUUGGCGUCUUGGUCUUGCUCAGUAAGACAUGAUGCAAGUGUCCCUGAAAUCCUUUUGGAAGUGGACGCUUCCCUUCCCAAAUAUUAAUUGAUAUUUGUAUAAUGCCAAAUAUUAAUUUGCUCAUCAGUAAUCAGUUCAUUGCAUCUUCACCACUUGGCUCAGUGCUGCAGCGCUGUGUGAAGCCUCUCGAACAUUCUGUGUUGUUUGUACCUGGCAGCUGAGCUGAUAAACUUUAAGUAUAUUACUUUAUUUUUUUCAACAAAUGGUCAAGAUUUGCAGAACUACGGUAGGAUGAACUCAAUAAUGAGCACAUCACUCUGCUGUAGCUUUUGCAUUUCUGUGCGCCUUGCGUCUCCAGCAUUAUGUCCCUUACAAUUUCAGAGGUGUGUUUUUCCCCUCUCUCUCUCUCAAGAACCAACAGGCCUGAAAAUAUUCCAGGGGAAAUGAUAUGUUUAGUUUCACUGUCAUGAAUUUACUGUUGAGAAGAUGAAGCGAGUUUCGUUGUGAAUGUGACCUUUGGUCUUAUUUCCACAGACUGAAGACACGCAAAGCUUGUCACAUGUUUAAGUUGUAUGUAACUGUAGGUCUGUGGGCUUUUCAUUGUAUUAAUAUUUAAUGUUGUAAAUGAAUUAUAGUAGAAGCUUUAUCAGCUUUGUAAAUUGUUAGGAAUUGUGUUGCACUUUGCUCGAUACUUUAUUUAAAUGACGUUUUAUACAGUGACCCGUUCUUACUGUUGAGACUGUUCUUGAUAUUUUUUAAAUUUAUUUUCUUAAGAUUGAGCUUCACAUGUGAACACACGUUGAAAAUCAGUGAAGACUGUUUAACAUUAUGAUGUAACUCUCUCAGUUGUGAAUUAUAACCAUUUCAUUUGACAAUAA